AUGGAGGGAUCGUCAAUGGUGAGAAGUGAUGAUGAGAAGAAGAGAUCAAGAUGGAUAGAGGAAGUGGAGAAAGGAGGAAGGAUAGCGGCGCCGAUGGUGGCGGUGGCGGUGGCGCAAUAUCUGUUGCAGGUGGUAUCGCUGAUAAUGGUGGGACACUUAGGACAGCUCUCUCUUGCCAGUAUCGCCAUUGCUACUUCUCUCACCAACGUCUCUGGCUUCAGUCUCUUGUCAGGAAUGGCAGGUGGAUUAGAAACCCUAUGUGGCCAAGCUUACGGAGCAGAACAGUAUCACAAACUAGGGAUCUACACUUACACUGCAAUUAUCUCUCUCUCUCUGGUUUGUGUUCCAAUCUCUCUUGCAUGGAGUUUCAUGCACAAAUUACUCCCACAUUUAGGUCAAGACCCAGUGAUCUCCAUGGAAGCUCGAACUUACUCCAUGUGGCUCAUACCUGCACUGUUCGCUUCUGCAAUUCUCAAGCCUCUCUCCAGAUAUUUCCAGACUCAGAGUCUGAUCUUUCCCUUGCUUUUAAGCUCCUCUUUAGCUUUGUGUUUGCAUGCAGUUACGUGUUGGAAUCUGGUGUUCAAGUUAGAGCUAGGGCUUGUUGGUGCUGGAAUUUCUUUUAGUGUUUGUGCUUGGUUCAACGUGAUUCUUCUGGUGUUGUAUAUGAAGUAUUCUUCUGCAUGUGAGAAGACUCGAAUCGGUUUUACGAAGCAAGGUUUGCUUGGCAUGUCAGAGUUCUUCCGUUUUGCUGUUCCAUCUGCUCUUAUGGUUUGCCUAAAGUGGUGGGCAUGCGAGUUGUUUGUAUUACUGGCCGGACUCUUUCCAAAUCCAAAGUUAGAGACAUCGGUCUUUUCUAUAUGCCUUACAAUUUCAACUUUGCACUUCACCAUACCAUAUGGGUUUGGCGCUGCUGCUAGUACAAGAGUAGCGAACGAGGUGGGUGCAGGGAACGUGGAAGCAGCGAAAGUAGCAGUGGGAGUGUGGAUGAUAGUGGGAGUGACGGAGGGAGGCAUAGUGAGCGGAACCCUAUGGGGACUCCGACACGUGUUGGGCUAUGCCUUCAACUCCGAUCACGAGGUUGUCCGCUACGUGGCUUCUAUCACCCCUCUCUUGUCUCUCUCCAUCUUCUUCGACUCCUUCCAGGCUGUUCUUUCUGGAGUCGCCCGAGGAUGUGGGUGGCAGCACGUGGGAGCCUACGUCAACAUUGGAGCAUUUUAUGUCGUCGGAGUUCCUGUCGGAGCCUUGCUUGCCUUCCCUGCUCAUUUCAGAACCAAGGGCCUCUGGAUUGGCCUCCUCUCUGGCUCUCUCCUCCAAUCUUCCCUCCUCUCUCUCAUCACUUAUCUCACUAACUGGUCUUCACAGGCAAAGGGGGCAAGGCAAAGAAUAUUUGAUUCCAGAUCUCCGGAUGCGAAUGAAACAGUGAACCAUCCUUAA